AUGGCUGAAAAUGAGAUGGAUUAUUCUGAUUCUGAAAAUACUAGAGGACCUGACGAAGGAAGUUCAAAUAAUUUACGCGCACAAAUACUUCAUCUUCCGCGGAAAUCGGGAAAUGUAAGAAAGUCGUUGCAGGCCUGCGGCUUGACAAACAACAGAUCUGAGAUGUAUUGAAGGGGCCUAUUGAAAGGCUCGAGAAAACACAGAUCACUAAUUCGUUUGUGUAUCAUCUCAAAGGUAAUUAUGCUGUCCUUGAACUUUUGCAAGCGCGUGUUGCAACAGCAAGUGAACAAGAUAUUGUGCAAAGCUAUCUCUCCUUCAAUGAUGCUUUUUCUCUCUACAUUUCGUAUGACCCAACUAGUUUGUCUUCCGCAUUGAAACAGCAACAUGUCAGUGAACGAUUUAGGGAAUUAACUGUUAUGCCAUCAUCGCCACGGAUUGUGUGUAUAUAUCAAAAUGUGAAAAUGGAGAAGGGUUUGUUAACCUGAAAUCUAACGACGUGGACUUGGAAUUUGUGUUUGAGGAAAUACAGGCAUCGUCACCAAAUAAAAAAUCAACCAGCAGCCUCUUUUAUAAAGAGCAUGUACAUGACAUUUUAAACAAUCUUGACACAGAAUGGGACAAACAGGUGUUUCGUGCAUGGCUGACUGCAAAGAGAUCAAGAGAUUGAUCUUACCAGAAAGAGAUUACCGAGCUUGGCAUUAAUGUGGAUCAUGUGGCUGAGAAAUCAGAAACGGUUUUACAAGCAAUAAAUCAGAAAAAAGAAGCAAUGUUGGAUGCAGAGAAGAUAGUUGAGAUUGCUCUUGCAGAGCAACUCAAAAAGCUAAAUGGGGAGAUUGCAAGCAACGAGAAACGUCCAGAAGGGAAAAAAUCUGUGGACCAAAGACCAAUUAGGAGACCUCAGGGAAGAAAUAAGUGA